AUGACGCAGGAGUGCUACUGUUACAUUAAAAUUCGUAUGUAUCGCGGCUGCAGCCGGCUCCGCUCCCGGCCUGCGGGGCUGUGCGAGGUGAGGCGGGGCUGCGGAGCCCUGAGAGAGCCGGGCCCGCUGCGCCUGCAGGAGGCACGAGGCAGAGGCGGCGCGGAAGGUUCGCGAAGGCUGCGCGGGGCUGUUUAUGGAGACCGAGGCGAGCGCGGCCCAGCCCGGCCCCGCUGCCCCCCGUGCCCUCAUGGCCGCCGCCGCUUUCCCUUUCGCGGCUCUGCUGCCUCCGCCGCCUCUGCGGCCGCAGCCACCGGCGCAGCUGCCACCGCCUGCGCAGGCCUCGGGCGGCUGCCGCCCACAAGCCCUGGAGGGCGUACUUCCCUUCCGCGAAAGCAGAAGCGCAACUGCUGGAACCAGGACCCACUGGAGCAGAAGAUGAUGAUCCCGGGGAUGCCCACGGUGAUCCCGCCUGGGCUGACGCGCGAGCAGGAGCACGCCUACAUCGUGCACCUGCAGAUUGAAUACCCGACCUGCAAACUGUGCAUGGGCAACCUGGGCAUCCCCUCUAGCCCCGAGGACGGGUCUCCUUCCCCAGAACCCAUCUACAACAGUGAGGGGAAGCACCUGAACACGCGCAAGAAGCUGGAGGAGGAGAGGCACAACCUCAUCACCAAGAUGGUGGCCCUGAAUCCUGACUUCAAGCCCCCAGCUGACUACACGCCACUGGCAAUGUGGGUGAGUGACAAGGUGAUGAUCCCACAAGAUGAGUACCCCGAGAUCAACUUCAUGGGGCUCCUCGUUGGGCCCAGGGGGAACACGCUGAAGAGCAUCGAGAAGGAGUGCAACGCCAAGAUCAUGAUCAGGGGCAAGGGCUCGGUGAAGAAGGGCAAGAUGUGCUGCAAGGACAGGCAGAUGCUGCCAGGUGAGGACGAGCCCCUGCAUGCCCUCAUCACCGCCAACGCCAUGAAGAACAUCAAGAAGGCUGUGGAGCAGAUCAGGAACAUCCUGAAGCAGAGCAUCAAGACCCCCGAUCAAGAUCCCGAGGAGCAGAACGAUCUGCACAAAAUGCAGCUGCAGGAGCUGGCAGUGCUCAACGGGACCCUGCAGGAGGAUGACAACCACAUCCUGAGGCUGUGGCAGAGCACCGAGACUCGCAGCAUCACCAACACCACAGUGUGCACCAUCGGCGGGGCUGGGCACGUCGCCUCUGACUGCAAGUUUGCCUGGCCUGGGGACCCACAGUCGGCGCAGGACAAGGCACAGAUGGGCAAUGAGUACUUCUCCCUGAUGGCCGAGCUGGGUGAGGCCCCGGUGUCUGUGAGCCCACAACAAAAGCCCUUUGUCCAGCAGCCAUCGAGCUGCCAGGCAGGCUGGGGUACAGCUCCCCCCGAGGCGUCCCCCUGGAUAAGCUCACUGCCCUCGGAGAAUUGCCCAUACCACGAGGGGCCAGGGGGGCCUGGGGUUCCCCACAGACUGUGUGUUACCACCUCUGUGUUCCUUUCAAGAUCCCAAGCCCCUCUCCAAAGUACAGUAAGCAUCAAUACCCCUGUUUCACCGCUGGAGUAA